UCACACAAAAUCCACAUCAUAGUCCAGAGAUGGUGAGAGCAGAUUAGCACAGCCCAAAAACUCCAGUGAAUGGUCUUAUUAUACAAGCCAGAGUUCACAUCACCAAGCGCUCAACAGUGCAACAUCAUAUCAUGCAGAUAAGUAGCCCGAGUCACUUAGCGCUCAACAACGCAUCCUCCAUCAUCGCCAACCAGAGUUCGUAUGGGAUUGCGCAAAAUCUGCAGAACCUUUCUUGGUCGCAGAAAUGGUGCCCUCGACAGCUGCUGCACGAGUACUACUGUUCCAGCUCCCCUCUCCGUUACCCAGCUCAUGACGAAACGUUGUUACCCCCCUUGAAGCCUCUCAGUCAGCUAUCUCCACUCCAUGGACCAGUCUUAAGGGUAUGCAAGACUCGUAGAAUGUGUUUUGCUCUGUCUCGUGCGACGUCUUCUUUAACUGCGACCUCGAUGGGCAGUCGAGCGUCAGACAAUCUGUGCUCGAAAUCUUAUCGCACGAGCUGCAGGACCGUUGAUGCCUCCAUCGAGCGGUUGAGAUAUGGUGGUGGUGGCGGUGCCGGCGCCGGCGGCAGAGUGUCAGUGCCGAUGGAAUGGAUUCUGGUUGUCAGGAAGAGUGGCAGGCUCGGCGUCCAUCAGAUACGAGCUCGUAACUCAAACAACAGUGAGUCUGAGGAGGACCCAUGGGAGAGAGAAGAGAGGAGGUGGUUGAGGGAGGAGCAACGGUGGCUGCGAGAAGAAGAACGCUGGCUUAGGGAACAUGCAAGAUGGGAGUUGGAGAGGCAGAGGUCUGAAGAGGAGAGGGAGAGGCUGAAGAAUGAGCUGGAAUCCUUGAGGCACGAGCUCGAGCUUGCAACUGCCGCUCUCAGUCAACAGCCAGAGGUAGUUGGAGCAGCCUCCAGGAUUUCGGACUUAGUUGACAUCAUCGAAAAAUUUAGGGCGCUUGCAGGAGGAACCCAAGCUGGACUGGAGACGUUGGGCACCACUGAAAAAAAAAGGGCAAACAACAUUCUAGGCGAUGGGGCCGGAAGAAUGACAUUACCGGAUGGAGUACUGCAGAGAGAGGACGACAGCGUGGGCUUCACAGAGAGCAGAAGUUUGGCGAAUACGGGAUCCGAUCAUGAAGCUUUGUCAUUCGUAUCUGAACCAAGCCCUAGGGCAGGAGCGGGAACAGAACCAGGACCAGGAACAGCAGCAGGAACAGGGGCAGCAGCAUCGAAAGCAGAAGCCUCUUCAACAACGGCAGUUGGCAGCGGUGCACUAACCGUCAACGGACAUGGGCGAGCUGUUGGUGGUGCUGUACCUGCAAAGAGGAGGACUCUUCGGUUUGGCUCGGAAGGAGAUGAUGUGAAAGUCCUGCAGGAUGCACUUGCCACCGAAGGCUUUUACAGUGGGGAGGAAGAGAUGGAGUUUUGCAUGUUUGAUCGCGGGACCGAGAGAGCGCUCAAGACGUACCAGAGCAGCAUUGGCGUGAAGGAAGAUGGCGUUGUGACGGCGGAAAUUUGGUCGCGACUGCUUGGCGUCGAGGUUGGAGAGUCUCAAGGAACAGCAAAGCCGUCAGAAGAUACGGUGACGGAGAACGUAUCGCGCUCGAGCUUGAGUGCAGCUCCGGUGUCCCGCACAGAAGUCGACCGAUCUGCUGCGCAAACAGAGCUCGUGGGAAAAGUAGAACAGGUGGUGGAAGAGAGAAGGGUGUAUUUGUUGGGUGAAGGACGGUGGGAGCAGCCAUCUCGCAUCCGGAAGAACACUGAACCCAACACUUCCAGUUCCAGUUCCAGGUUCAGUUCCAGUUCCAGUUCCAGUACCAAUUCCACUGAAGGGAAGAAGGAAUUGCAGAAAUGUUAUGCGUGCCGCGGCGAGGGCUUGAUGUUAUGCUCAGAAUGCCAGGGGACUGGGGAGCUUAAUGUUGAAGACCAGUUUCUGGAGUGGGCAGGUGAGGAUCCGAAGUGCCCAUACUGUGAGGGUACGGGUUUUCUCGCCUGCGACGUCUGCGAUGGUUCAGGGCAUGAGCCCAACCCCAGCAUUGUCUGACCUCUUCAAGAUUCUUGGUCAACUGUGUUGACCUCUUCAAGAUUCUUGGUCAACGGUGCUGACCUCUUCAAAGUUGCAAGUAUUUUGACGGCGACUGCAUAAUAGACUUCAACAUCCCCAACGCGAGAGUGAUCGGCAAUCGACCCGGCGAUCUCAUCUCGCAGUCUUUGUACAACAUGAGAGAGAGGGAAGGUGAAUGGCUGAUAGCAGCUGCUGCAGCCAAAUCUAUUAGGGAGGGGGAGAGGGAAGUGGAGAUGAGCACACUCCGGCGGUCCAACCUUUUUUUUUUCUGACUGGCGAGAGUUCUCGAUAUGCGCCCAAUCGAUGCCAAUCACUGCCAACACAACUCUGCUGACAAGAGACCAGGCAAGAGAAGAGGUCAACCUUCCGCACUCGUUCUAUUUAUAGCCCGCCGCAUGUCAUGUCUGAAUUUACUGUUUUGAAGGCACCCAGCGGAAAAAAAAAAAAAAAAAAAAAAGGGAUAACGAUAACAGAAGCCGAAUCUAAAACCCAACCAAGGGAUAAUACAAGAGCAGUCAAAAAAAAGUGCAGAAGUUAUGUCCGUCGGCCGGCUUUUCUUCAAAUGCCUCGGGUUCGCACCGGUCACUGGAUUAUCUUUAGGAAAGCCUACUUCUACUUUGACCAGAUGAGAUGCUACUUUGACCAGAUGAAAGCCUAAUUUAAUUUGACCAGAUGGAAAGCCUAAUUUAAUUUGACCAGAUGAAAGCCUAAUUUAAUUUGACCAGAUGAGAUGCUACUUUGACCAGAUGAAAGCCUAUUUUGAUUUGAGCAGAUGAAAGCCUAUUGUGAUUUGAGCAGAUGAAAGCCUAGUACAAUUUGACCAGAUGAAACGCUAAUAUAAUUUGACCAGAUGAAAGCCUCAUUUAAUUUGACCAGAUGAAAGCCUAAUAUAAUUUGACCAGAUGAAAGCCUAAUAUAAUUUGACCAGAUGAAAGCCUAAUUUAAUUUGAUCAGAUGAAAGCCGAAAGCCUACUUUGACCAGAUUAUUAUCUCUUGGACAGCUUACGUGAGGUUUGUGGAGGAGGGUACUACCAGGGUACAAUGCUAUAAUUCUGCAUGUAAUAUGUUACUGCAGGAAGCGGCCAGGUGCAGCACAUCUGAUCAGAGACUGACUGCUCCUCAGUGAUUCCACACUGCCGUCUUCCCCCGAACACAACGCGCACCCUCAUCUCAUGACUGUAUCGGACCGGAAAGAUAGCUUGUAUACAUUCAUUAUCGGCCUGCUCCACAAUUAUACCACACCUUAGCACAGCAGCUUGUGUUUCCACGCACGCACACGAGUUUGUUUCGACAUAAGUUUUCUUUCCUUCUUUGCUCGAUUAUGUAAUCAAUCGCUUAUCUUACUUUGCGUUCUACCCACUGUAAGAGUUUGAGCUUCACAAGACUGCCUUCCUGUCUUUCCGAGUAGCACGUCAGUAGCACAUCAGUACGUAAUUGUAACUAGUCGUAGUGAUUUCUUCAAGGUCUCAACUUCAUUAAUGGUUAGUAGAUUUUUUUCUAUUUCCACUUUAUUUUUCAUUUUUCUUUUUUUUCUUUUUUUUGAAUUUCUUUUUUUUUUUGUGUGUGUUUGUGUGUGUGUGUUAGUAGAUACAUUUGUUUAAGAGUGCAAUGAUUCAGAUUGUGUAGCUCAGUAACAGGAUAAUUAUAUUCUUUUUUUUUUUUUUUUUUGCGGGGCAGGAAGGGGGGGGGAAGGGUGAGAAGGGGAGAUUAUAAUAUUCUGUUGAUAACUUGAUGUUGGAACAGAGGAACUCCACUGAUAACAAUAAUAUUCUGUUGACGUCCAAGCUCCACUGAUUAAGACUCAUUAAGUAAAUCAAUAGGCACUACGAUU